ACUCAUAGACAAGUCUCCUAUGGCUACCCAAACUCUGAAUAUGCUUCUUUGUCUGUUAUAGUCUCCUCUUUGGCUGCAAAAAAUCUUGUCAAGCUAAACCCCUUUGAUUUAGUCUUAGUUUUACCCAGACAAUCAAACACGAAUUCAAACCCUUCAUGCACGCACUACAUACUAUGCAAUCUUCAUCUCUUUCCUUGUAGUUCCUGCUCUGCCGCCAUCUACCCUUUUCCCAAUCCCUGUUUCAAAUAAAUCCAAUUUAAAACUUUCUCUUUUUUUUAUCAGAAACUGAGAAAGACUUUUUCUUUUUUCGGUGUGGGUUUGAGGAGUAAGAUGUUUGAUUCUUUGAGAUUAUCUUCUGUGAAACCCAACAUCUUUUCUACCCUCACUUUUGCUUUGAUCAUCUUGGUUAUAAUAUUCGCCGACAGCAUCAUAUCCAAUGCGUCGCUCCAUUUUGAUGCUUUUGAGGAUGUAAGCAGCAGUCAUCAUCAUCAGUUGCAGACUCACCAUACAGCGCCUCAACUGAAAAUAACAGCAAGUGAGAAGGAAAGAAUUCUUCAGCCUGAUAACAAGAUUAAGUCUGAAGAGCUGGGAUUGUUUGAGCCAUCUGAUUUGGCUAGAAGGUUUGACUCUAGAGUUAGGGAAUUUUUCAGCAGAUAUCAAUGUGAAGUUCGGGUCUUCAUGACAUGGAUUUCACCAGUGGAUUCAUUUGGAGAAAGGGAGUUUUUUGGGUUGGAGAGCUUAUUCCGAACAAAUCCCACGAGUUGUUUGAUUAUCUUGUCCACGACUAUGGAUUCGAGACAGGGGAAAACCAUUUUGCAGCCUUUGAUUAGUCGUGGUUUUCGUGUUCGAGCGAUGAGUCCUGACUUGUGGGUUUUAUUCAACAACACUCCGGCUCAAGGUUGGUUGAAUGAUAUCAAGAACGGAAACAAGGAUCCAGGGGAGAUUCCACUGGCUCAGAACUUAUCAAAUUUGAUCAGGCUUGCAGCUUUGUAUAAGUAUGGGGGUGUUUAUUUCGACACAGACUUUAUAAUCUUGAAAGAUUUUUCAGCUUUAAGGAAUGUAAUUGGAGCACAAAGCAUUGAUGUCAAUGGGAACUGGACAAGACUGAAUAAUGCAGUUCUCAUUUUCGACAAGAACCAUCCUCUUGUAUACAUGUUCAUGGAGGAAUUUGCUUCAACUUUUGAUGGGAAUAGAUGGGGUCACAAUGGACCAUACUUAGUCUCUAGGGUUGUAAAUAGGGUGGCAAAAGCAGGACAGUUCAAUUUCACGGUCCUGCCCCCAAUGGCUUUCUACCCGGUGGAUUGGACUCGGGUUGGAGGAUUCUUCAUCCGGCCUGGGGAUCAGGUAGGCGCGAGGUGGGUAGAAGCUAAGAUCAGGCAACUAAGCGGGGCGACUUAUGGGGUGCAUUUGUGGAAUAAGCAAAGUAGCAGAUUCAAGAUUGAAGAAGGAAGCAUCAUAGGUAGACUCAUCUCUGAUAAUUGUGUCAUAUGCAGCAUGCCCAAUUCUUCGACUUCAUGAACAGGCCAAAUCAGCUUAAUUGGACUUAGUUCUGAUCAAUUUUGGUCUGCGCGUUUUGAUCCUUAUGCUAUGAUGCAUAUGUUCCUCAUUAUUGAAACUUGCGUGUGAAGAAAGUAUCCCAUUUUGAUGACCAUUUCCGGAGUCAAAAGAAGCUCCGAUUAUCUUGAGUUCUGCCCAUGGAUCAUCAUGAACAGCACUAUCGCUGUCGCUGCCCCACAAAAGAAGAGGCUUAAUGAUGGGCGAAACCGUGUAAUCCUUAAAGUAAUUGCCCAAACUAGUGUGCUCCAUGUCGAACAAUCUCCUCAACGAUGUGCUCCCUUCUCUCAUCAACUCCAACAAUCUACUGCUCUUUCUCGGAGAAGUAAAGGAAGACGUUGCAGACGAGGAGGAAGAAGAAGAGGACGAGAAAUACAAGGAUCUCUGGGCCAAGUUAAUGGUUUCAAGAUGGACCCAAAUCUACUGGGCCUUGUAAAAUAGGAAGAGAGGAUCAAGUAAAGAGAGAAGGGCCGCCGAGUACAAGAUUGGAAUCUUGAAUGAUGAUGAUGAUGAUGAUAGAAUUAGGCACAAUCACACAUGCUCAUGUAUUCAUAUUCAUACUAAUUCCAUUUAUAUAUAUAUAUAUAUAUAUUUUUCA